CCGGGACCCCGGACCCCGCCCGGCGCGGGACACCAUGCGGCUGGGCUGCGGAGCCUUCGCCGCAGGCUGCGUCCUGGUUGAGGUCCUCGGGGUCGCACUGUUCCUUCGGGGGUUCUUCCCCGCUCCCGUUCGCUCCUCCUCCGGGACCGAGCACCAGGCGGAAUCCCCCGCGCCCGAACCCUCGGCAGGGGCCACUUCCAAUUGGACCAAGCUCCCCCCACCUCUCUUCAGUAAAGUUGUUAUUAUGCUGAUAGAUGCCUUGAGAGAUGAUUUUGUGUUUGGGUCAAAGGGUGUGAAAUUUAUGCCCUACACAACUUACCUUGUGGGAAAAGGAGCAUCUCACAGUUUUGUGGCUGAAGCAAAGCCACCUACAGUCACUAUGCCUCGAAUCAAGGCAUUGAUGACAGGGAGCCUUCCUGGCUUUGUUGAUAUCAUCAGAAACUUCAAUUCCCCCACACUGCUGGAGGACAACGUCAUCACACAGGCCAAAGCAGCCGGGAAGAGAAUCAUCUUCUAUGGAGACGAAACAUGGGUGAAAUUAUUCCCAAAGCAUUUUGUGGAAUAUGAUGGAACAACUUCAUUUUUUGUGUCAGAUUAUACAGAGGUGGAUGAUAACGUGACGAGGCAUUUGGAUCGAGUAUUGAAAAGGAGGGAUUGGGAUGUGUUGAUUCUUCACUACCUGGGGCUGGACCACAUCGGCCACAUUUCCGGGCCCAACAGCCCCCUGAUCGGGCGCAAGCUCAGCGAAAUGGACAGCGUCCUGAUGAGGAUCCACACCUCGCUGCUAUCAGAGGAGAGAGAGGCUGUCUCGCCCAGCCUGCUGGUGCUCUGUGGUGAUCACGGCAUGUCUGCGAACGGAGGGCAUGGGGCCUCUUCUGUGGAGGAGACGAACACCGCUCUGCUCCUGAUCAGUUCUGCAUUUGAGAGGAGACCUGGUGAUGUCAGGCCCCCAAAGCUUGUUCAGCAGACUGACCUGGCUGCAACACUAGCGAUCGGGCUGGGCCUGCCCAUUCCAAAGCACAGUGUGGGCCGCCUGCUGUCCCCAGUCAUCGAAGGCAGAGCGAUGCGAGAACAGCUGAGGUUCUUACAUCUGAACACAGUGCAGCUCAGCAGGUUGCUGCAAGAAAACGUGCCGUCGUAUGAAAGAGAGCCUGGAUUUGAACAGUUUCAAGUGUCACAGAAGCUGCACGGGAACUGGGUCAGACUGUACUUAGAGGAAAAGAACUCGGAAGUCCUUCUCAACCUGGGAACCAAGGUCCGCAGGCAGUACCUGGACGCCCUGAAGACGCUGAGCCUGGCCCUGAGCAGACAAGUGGCUCACUACGACAUCUACUCGAUGGUGGUGGGCACCGUUGUGGUUCUGGAGGUUUUCGCCCUGCUCCUGCUCAGCGCCCCGCAGGCUCUGGGCAGCGCAGCCGAGCUGGAGGUCCCCCUGUCGUCGCCCGUGUUCUCUCUGCUCUUCUACCUGGUGCUCCUGCUUCUCGGGGCCGUGCACGUCAGCGUGUGCACCUCGACUGAGGGCUCCUGCUACUUCUGCAGCCUCUCGUGGCCCACCGUGGGGGUGGUGCUGGUGCUGGUCUCCGCCCUGCUCUGCGCGGUCCUGUCUGCUCUGACCAGGACGUGUGUGGACGGAAAGCUUCUGAGGAGGAAUCCAGCUCGUACCAACUCAAAGUGGUCGGAGUUAGACCUUCUCAUCCUGGUGGGGACUGUCGGCCACGUCCUGAGUCUGGGUGCCAGCAGCUUCAUUGAAGAGGAGCACCAGACCUGGUACUUCCUUGUCAGCACCCUGUGCCUAGCUCUGUGUCAUGAAAGCUACAGGAACUGCUUUCUGGGGGAUAACGGGGAGUCUCCGUGUUGCUUACGCGUGGAAGGAAGGUUUGUCCGGGCAGCACCCACUGUGAAGGACAAGAGCACCGGCUGUGACGUGUUAGAGCUGGACCGAGUGUGUACGAAGCCCUCUUCCCUGGACACGCUCCGAGGCUGCGAGAAGGCCAUGGUGCUGGCGAGCCCGUGGCUGGUGCUCGGCUGCUGCCGGUUGCUGCGACCCCUGAACCACACGGGGGUGCAGUGGGCCCACCGUCCUGACCUGGGGCACUGGCUCACCAGUGGCCCUGGAGAGGACGCCGCUGUCCCCAGGCGGCUGAGGGAGCAGAGGGAUCUGAGCCUGAGCACACGAGGCACAAGGACGACAGGGACCCUCCUGAAUGCAAACGGCAGCAGGGCAGGCAGUCAGCUGGUCCAGCCCGCAGGUGUGCGGGCAGCCACAGCCCUGCUCCCCCUCCGACCCAGCUCCGAUCACAAAGCCGAGCUCUCUGUCCUGGCCGCCCUCUCCCUCGUCGCGGUCUUUGCGCUGGUUCAGAGCAGGUGCUCCCCGAUGUCCAGAGUGGCCAUGGCGCUUGGCCUGCUGGGCAUCUACUGCUACCGGGCAUCCAUCGGCCACGUGCUGUUGCCAUGGCAGCGAGGCAGCACAGCUGUUUCAAGGGGCAUUAUUGAAGCUCGUUUUGUCUAUGUGUUUGUCCUUGGCAUUCUGUUCACGGGCACCAAAGACUUGCUUAAAUCUCAAGUCCUCGCUGCAGGCGCCACAGUCAAGACUGUGGGACUGUGGGAUGUGUACAGUGGAUUAGUGCUCCUGGCCGCCCUGCUCUUCAGGCCACACAACCUUCCCGUCCUGGUGUGUAGCCUCUUGAUCCAGACAGUGAUGACCAAGUACAUCUGGAGACCCCUGAAGCACGGCGCCGCUGAGGUCGCCGUCAUGCACUAUUGGUUCGGUCAGGCAUUCUUCUAUUUUCAGGGAAACUCCAACAACAUCACCACAGUGGACAUCUCGGCGGGCUUUGUGGGCCUGAACACCUAUGUGGAGAUCCCAGCCAUGUUCCUGACUGCCUUUGCGACGUACGCGGGACCCGUGCUGUGGGCCAGCCACUUGGUGAACUUCCUGAGUUCAGAACCCAGCAGCGGCUCCGCACUGCGGCGGGCGGGCUUCUGCUAUGCACUGGUCUGCUCGGCCCCCGCGUCUGUGUACGUCGUCCUGGUGACGGCCCUGCGCUACCACUUGUUCAUCUGGAGCGUGUUUUCUCCGAAGCUGCUGUAUGAGGGAAUGCACCUGCUCGUCACAGCCGCCCUCUGUGUGGGCUUCGCCGCCGUGGACCAGGCCCGCGUGCAGUCGCGCUCUGGGAGAGCAGCAGCCUCCUGAAGUCAGCCGUCUGCUUCAUGGAUCCGAUCAGUAAACACAAGUUUGAAUGCAGGUUUAUUCUAAAAAGAUGCGAAUUCCACAAUGUUGAUGAAUAGCUUACAUCUUGGACUACUGUGCUUGAAUUUAAAUUCAGUAGUAAGUGGCUUAAUAAAAGGUCACUUUAAAAUACUUCGUUUGAGCCCUGGCCGGUUUGGCUCAGCGGUUAGAGCAUCAGCCUGCGGUCUA